GGGCGAGCUGCUGGGGUUUAGUCGAACAAGUCGGGCAAGGCCACAAAGCUGGAGCCUGUAACGCUGUAGAAACACCGCCUCUCUGCUCUCUAGAGAGAGCAUUACAAGUUUUGUCUCUCACAGUUUAUAAUGGAUGCGGGGGAUGAUUAUCGGGGAAGUCGAGUAAUUCUCCUCCUUAACUAGGAUAAUAAAGUAGACACUUUUGAAAUACAACUUAGCUCUCCUCCUGAAUAUCAAGGUCUUCCUGUUCGAGUUGCGUUGGGCCGACGGGCCGAAGUCUCUCACCAAGGCAUCGGGCUUCUUCCACACACACAGGGUGAAGUGAAGAUUGAAGAAUUGAGAUCGCCCCUGGGAUUCAAACAACAAUUACUAUUGUCUCUGGUAGCAAAGCCAUAAAGAUUAUAAUGGAAUGGGCGGACAAGGCUGUUGGAUUUCUAUUGUCCUAUAUCAGUUUAUCUAUAUUUACUUAUUAUACCUUUUGGGUCAUUAUUCUGCCUUUUGUGAAUAGUGAUCACUUCAUCCACCGGUAUUUUUUACCCCAAGAAUAUGCCAUCUUAAUCCCUGUAUUUGCUGGUAUGGUGCUUCUCUGCUUUCUCUCCAUAUUCAUUGGGUAUGUGAUGCUCAAAUCCAAAAAGAAGAAAGCUUGAUGCAUAUAUUUGCUAUUUUGAUUCUCUGGAGAUGAGUUGGAACACUUUUUGUAGGGGUUUAGUUCCGAAAUGGACAAUCUUACAUGUUGGUCAAAUAAUCUGUAUUUCACUUUCCAUAGCCUUUUCUUUGUGUUUCUCUAAAUGGAAGGAUAUAUUCAAAUGUGCUGUUUUAGAGAUGAAUUGUUUCAAGUAUGAUUUAUAGAAGUUAGUAUUAUUUGUGAACAAUGUAAACCAUGAAGUCCUAGUAACGUGUUACCCACAAGGUGGUAC